AUCCGCACGGGGCGCGGAGCAGCAUGGCGGUGGCGGAGAAGGAGGCGAGCCAGCAGAGCACCCUGGGCGCUUACUCGCCCGUGGACUACAUGAGCAUCACCAGCUUCCCCCGGCUGCCCGAGGAGGAGGCGGGCGGCGCGGCCGACACCGGCCUGCGCUCCCGGAAGGAAGAGGAUGCAUUCCUGGGCGAGCAGGACACGGAUCCAGACUCCUUCUUGAAGUCUGCUCGCCUCCAGCGCCUGCCCUCGUCCUCCUCAGAGAUGGGCAGCCAGGAUGUGUCCCCUCUCCGGGAGACGAGCAAGGACCCUUUCUCCGGAGACUGUAGCUGUCGGCAGGAUGGGCUAACCGUCAUCAUCACCGCCUGCCUAACCUUUGCCACAGGGGUAACAGUGGCCUUGAUCAUGCAGAUCUAUUUUGGGGACCCACAGCUCUUCCAUCGGGGUGCUGUGGUUACCGAUGCUGCCCGCUGCACAGCCCUGGGAAUAGAGGUGCUCAACAAGCAGGGUUCCUCGGUAGAUGCAGCCAUCGCUUCGGCCCUCUGUGCAGGAAUAGUCAACCCCCACACAUCAGGGAUUGGCGGGGGUGGGGUGAUGCUGGUCCAUGACAUCCGGAAGAACAAGAGUGAGGUGAUUGAUUUCCGUGAAGUGGCUCCCCUGGGCAUCCCGGAGGAGGAAGGCUUGCAGAAGGCCUUGGACACCAGGCCAGGUCUCCUCGUGGGGGUGCCAGGCAUGAUACAAGGAAUGCAUCAGGCACACCAAUUAUAUGGGAGACUCCCGUGGCCCGAGCUGUUGGGCCUUGUUGCUAGCGUCGCCCAGGAUGGGUUCAAUGUCACACAUGAUUUGGCUAAAGCUGUAAGUGAACUGAAAGACCUGAACUACUCUGACAAAUUUCGGGAGACCUUCCUGCCAGAUGGCCAGCCCUUACUGCCUGGCAUGUUCGUGAGGCGACCGGACCUUGCAGCUGUUCUGGAGCUGGUGGGAGCAGAAGGAGCAUCAGCUUUCUACAGUGGAAACUUGACACAGGAGAUAAUCUCUGAGGUCCACAACUAUGGAGGGGUCUUAAUGGAGGAAGACUUCAGUAAUUACAGUGCCAUGGUGGAGAAUCCAGUCCACACAGUAUAUCGAGGUCAUCUUGUUUUCUGUCCCCCACCUCCACAUGCAGGCCCUGCACUAAUCACUGCACUGAAUAUCCUAGAGGGCUUUAACAUCACAAAUCAAGUAUCCAGGGGGGAUACCUUGCACUGGAUGACAGAGACAUUAAAAAUAGCCCUGAGUCUAGCUAGCAACUUGGGAGACCCAACUGAUGAUGUGUCCGUCACUCAUGUUGCAGAAGGCAUGCUCAGUAAAUCAGAAGCUAAUUCCCUGCGUCAGCUGAUUAAUGACUCCCAGUCGUUCUCUUCUGAUCUCCGCAUGCCUCACUUCUCUGUGGAAAGCGGACCAUCUGCUAGCCAGGUCCUUGUCAUGGGACCUGAUGAUUUCAUUGUUGCAGCUGUAAGUUCCUUGAACCGUCCAUUUGGCAGUGGAAUAAUAACGCCUUCUGGUAUCCUUCUGAACAGUCAGAUGUUGGACUUCUACUGGCAAAAUAGAACAAUGAACCACUCCAUUCCCAGACCGGAAAACAUUAUGCAGCCUCAGAAACGGCCCCUGUCUUUUUUGUUGCCCACUAUUGUGAGACCGUCAGAGGGGAUGUGCGGGACGUACCUUUGUCUGGGAGCCAACAACGGAGACAAAGCCUUGAGCAGCAUCGUUCAGGUUUUACUAAAUGUUUUAACAUUUAACAAGAAUCUGAGCGAAAGUUUGUCACUUGGUCGACUUCAUCCACAGCUUCAGUCCAACACUUUGCAGGUUGACAGUGAAUUUUCUCAAGAAGAUAUUGAACUUCUUGUAGCCAGGGGCCAUCAAGUGGAUAAAGUCAAAGUGGUCUCCCUAGUUCAUGGGGCCAGGAGAACCAACAGUUUCAUCAUUGGCCUGAAGGACCCCAGGAGCGAGGAUGCUGCAGGAGCCACAAUACUAUAGCAACUCCCAGAUGGUGUGUUCACUGAACAAGGCUUUAGACAUAUCAACAGAAGUGAUGUGCAUGUUCUGAAAUGGCCCCCAGAGUGGGACCACUGUAUACACACUGCUGAGUAAACUCUCUGCAUUCCCUACCCUGGACAACACAAGAGUGGUUAAAAAAAGCAACCAUAUAGCCUGCUCAUUUUUGUUUUUCAAUAAUUGAAUUGCAAGCAGCUCAGUCAUUGUUACAGAAAGGCAGGGCACACACUUCUCUUUCCGCAAUCCUGUUAAUAAUUUCAGUCACUUCAAAAGCCAAAUUUUAGCCAGCAUCUUCAUUCUAAUGAGCAGGAACUUUAGCAAAGGAAACAAUGAGAGGAACAAACAGCUGCUGAUGCUACUGUCAUCUUCAUCUCCAUUUCUUCCCCAGGUUUAUUCUUUGCCUCUUGCAUAAGUCAAUAAUUAAUACAGCCAGCCUAAUGUAGUGUUUGCAGGUGCCUGUAGAUGGAAUAUCAGGGAGUCCUUUAAUGUUCAAUACAGACAAACUGAUUUUUAUAAGCUUGCAGCCCCCUACGUUAGCUCCUUUUCACACAUCACUACAUCCCUUGAAAUUUUGGAGUAAAUAUUUUGAAUCAAGUCCAUGCAGACUCACUGGAGGUCUGACUCUGAAUUGGUUUGCCUCUUAACAGCAAAGUUGGACCAACAAUUCACUGCUCUUGUUCCCAGAACAGCUGCACCACCGUAUGUUGUGUAAUGCAGAGCAAUGGUUUUCAACUUCAAAUAAUUUGUGGCCUCUCCCAAUAGUUUUCUUACAGAGGUUCAGGCUCCUUCACAGUGAAUUUAAGCUUACUGGUAAUGGGCUUAUUUUUCUUGGAUACUUAUCUUAGAAGUACUCUAGAACUUGCAAGAAUCCACAGACUGAAAACCAGAUGGAGAGCAUUUAGGCAGAUUCAGGGCUUUCUUUACACUGCCUUAUCUCAGCCUGCUUUGAAAGCAGGAAUUGUAUAAUCCCUGCAGAGAGGCUUGGGAUUUUCUGCUUACUAAAUUCAUGCCUGUACUUCAGCUCAGCACUUCAAUGCUGGUGGCUACAUUAGAAAAGCUGAAGAAAGUGAGAGGAAAAAAUGUACAACAAAGCAAAAACUACUGAGAGAUUUUUCUUUCCCUAACAUGUAACACAGAAUAUAAGAACAAUUUUGCAUUUCUUGCGCCAAAUAGAAUGAAAAAAUAUCACAAGCAAUUGCUGCACCAUCUCAUUCAAUCCACCUUUGAAAAUUUCCUUCUACUUUUACUAGUAAGUUAGGUAGACACCUAGCACUACAAAGUUUUGAAAUCUGAUCACUUGUUUCCUGCAGUCUCAACUGUAACUAUUUCCUUUGAGGUGCAAAUGUGUCUAUGUGGCCACUGUACAUUUUAUAUAUGUAUACCUGCUUAUGGUUGUCUUGGUCUUCCAUGUGGUGUUAGGCAAGUUAUCCCAGACCUUCCUUCUGAGGGAAUAGGGAUCUAGACCCUUGUAAAUACUGAUUUGUUUGUAACACACCUCCUUAUGUUAUUUCCAAUUUGAUAAGGGAAGUGAGCAGGGCCGUUUUGAGAUGGGCACUGAACUACCACAGAUAAUCAGACUAAUCAUUCCUGACAUCUGUCAGCUGAGGAUCUCAAGCAUCUUAUGUUGAGUCUUGCACGCUAUGCUGAGGAAGGAAAGAGAUACUUCUGUGCUCCACUGAGAUGUAGCCACCCAUGAAGCAAGUGAGGCAGCUAUUUAGCAAACAUGAGCAUCUCCAAUAUUUUAUGUUACAAAUAAGCCAAUAGCAGAGCGUGGCCAAGAGACAGCAGAAGUACAACAGCACACUUUAUCUUUGAGAAUAAAAUUGUAUUCUGUGUCACCAAAA